AUGGCGGCGCCGAUACGGUCCGGCGGCUGCCCGACGCUUGCUGCGCGAACUAUGUCGCUCGCGAUGCGACCGUCGGUGGCGAAGGAGAUUACGGGCGAGGAGUUGGCGGGCGCGAAGUUGGCGAGCCUUCCAACAGGACCAGCGACGACGUUGUCGGGUUGCACGGGCUCCUCGCGGGAGGUGGAGUUGCAGGCGCGGGAAUUUCUUUCGCGGGUGGCGUUGCUGCCGUGGUGCCAGUCGUCGACACCUUUGUCGGAGAAGAAAUUGACACGCGGAGCCCGUGUAGUAGCGGCGUACACGGCGGCGUCGCGGUCACCACAGAGCGGUCACUGUCAGGAAGGAAAGGCCUCACACGCACCACCGUCGCUUGAGGCCUACUCGCUGCAGGUUUGGGAGCAUGCUAUCGUAGUCGCCGCCCGCGAUGCAGCGCGCGCUCCAAUACACGACGAAGGGGACAAGGUUAACCAUGGUCGCUUGACAACGUUAGAUUAG